UCGAUUUUUACCUCAUUGGGCUCGACUGAAACGAGGCGACCCGGAAAAAUGGCGCCCUCUUACAUGGACGUGGAAACCCAAAGCUAUACUGAAAACAUGAAGAAAUAUUUUCAAGAUAAUUCCCGAACGAAAGAUUUUGUUGGGCAUUCAGCAAAGGUACACUCUGUGGCAUGGAAUUGCACUGGGCGAUAUCUGGCUUCUGGUUCUUUUGAUAAAACUGUCAGCAUUUUCAAUCUGGACAAAGAUAGACUGCUUAGAGAAUCAAACAUGAAAGGUCAUACUGAUAGUGUUGAUCAGUUGUGUUGGCAUCCAAGUCACCCUGACCUUCUGGUUACUGCUUCUGGAGACAAAACCAUCAGAGUCUGGGAUGCAAGAGCCAACGGCAAAUGCAUGGAAGUUGUUAGUACUAGGGGUGAAAAUAUCAAUAUUUGUUGGAGUCCAGAUGGGCAAACCAUUGCUGUUGGAAACAAGGAAGAUCUCAUAACAUUUGUUGAUACCAAAACUUUUCGAACUAAAGCAGAAGAACAGUUUAAAUUUGAGGUAAAUGAAAUAUCUUGGAAUAACACCAAUGAUUUGUUCUUUUUAACAAACGGUCAUGGAUGUAUCAAUAUUCUAAGUUAUCCUGAUCUUAAACUGAUACAUACGUUGAAUGCACACCCAGCAAACUGCAUCUGCAUCAAGUUUGAUCCUAAAGGAAGGUAUUUUGCUACUGGAAGUGCAGACGCACUAGUUAGUCUUUGGGACCUAGAAGAGCUUGUCUGUCUGCGAACGUUUUCUCGUCUAGAUUGGCCGGUGCGGCAACUCGGAUUUAGUUAUGAUGGACAAAUGCUUGCGUCUGCUUCAGAAGAUUUGUUUAUUGACAUUGCGAUGGUGGACACAGGAGAAAGAAUCGCCGAAGUUCACUGUUUGGCUCCGACGUUUACAGUAGCCUGGCAUCCAAACAAGUACUUGCUUGCCUUUGCAUGUGAUGAUAAAGACAAGCACGAUCGGGAUGCAGGCACAGUUCGGCUUUUUGGUAUCUCCAAUUCUUCAAGUUAAAUAUUUGGCUAAAUGAAAAUCGUAUACCGAGCUUGCUCGUGACGUCAGAAUCACACAGUAUCAUUUAAAAGUAAACAGGACAACAUCAAUGGAGAAGAUAUUCCAAUUCCAAGACGUAUGUAACUGUUGGCAUUCUCGUUUUCCAAAUAGUUAUUUCUAGCAAAGGCCUGUUAAUGUUUCUUGUAAAUAUAUUGGUAAUUCAAUCAUUUGUAAAAUUUUAACUUACUUUGACGAAGGACUCAGGUAUGGCACAUGUCCCUCUCCUCUAGCCCUCUAGCCCUCUACCCACUAGCCCCUCCCAUUUUGAUUUCCAUAAAUAAAUUGAUAGUGUGAAUAAAUUCUCUGAUAAAUCAUUUGCUGUUUAUAACCAGGUCGUCUUGAAUCUUGAUCCUGAAUUCAUGAAUAUUUCUACCAUUUGUCAUCCUUCAAAAGAUGUAUUUUCUUUUUCGAGCAAAAAGUGUGCAAAAUAACAAUAUUUGAGAAACUGGCAGAGGAAAGACUAUAAAAACAAACAAAAAUGAUCAAGAAGUACAUUUUUUCGAAAUCUACACUGUAGUAGUUCUAAUGUCAACGUUUUCUUGAGCCACUUGACUCUUCCCUUGGAUAGGGUCUGUGGACUUGCAGGGCGCUGGGCCUUCUUCUUCUUGGAUGGGCAUAACUACUCCAUCCUCGUACUUGUUUUGUUCUGGAGGCACUACUCCUCCAUCCCCAUCAUUGAUAUGAUCAGGGAGCUGAUUUUCAGCAAUCUCUCCAUCCCCGUCAUUGAUACGAUCAGGGAGCUGAUUUUCAGCAAUCUCUCCAUCCCCAUCAUUGAUAUGAUCAGGGAGCUGAUUUUCAGCAAUCUCUCCAUCCCCGUCAUUGAUACGAUCAGGGAGCUGAUUUUCAGCAAUCCUCCAUCCCCAUCAUUGAUAUGAUCAGGGAGCUGAUUUUCAGCAAUCUCUCCAUCCCCGUCAUUGAUACGAUCAGGGAGCUGAUUUUCAGCAAUCUGUUCGUCCCCAUUUAUGAGGGGCACGAUCGUUUCAGUUGGAACUCCAGCUGGCUGCAACGAACUUGUUGGCCGACGCAAGUUUCUAAUAUAACGCCGGCUUAACUGGAACACCACUGUUAAUAAAAAUUGUGUAAAAUUAUACUUAUGUUUCUCUGAAUAAGUUAGAAAAAGAUAAGCAAAUUUCUUAUUAUACAAUACAACUUAUAACUUAAAUAUUAUAUUAUAUUAUAUUAUAAAUAUUAAUAUUAUAUUAAAUAUUAAAUAUAAUUUAACUAUUUUAUUUAAAGUGAACAAGUAGAAGAAGGCAGAUACACUUUGAAGAACUAGUCUUCGAAUUGAGUUUUUGCGCUCUUUUCAUUUUCAGCGCUAUGCUAACAUGUUUUGACCGUUACCUGGUCGUCUUCAGAUCAACUAAAUAAUUAUAUUAUUUCUAUAAAUAUAUAUUCAAUAGCUCCUUACUCUUAAAGUUUUUUAAAAUAUAAAUAGAUACUCAAUAAAAAAACAACUUGGUUGACGUUUCGCUGUAAGCUUCUCCAUAAACGUUUUAAAGGUAACUAAAUAACAUGGAUUUUUCAUGCUUUAUUAAUAGUAACAGUCAAAACCUGGUUUUAAACAUAGCUAAUCCGGAUAGAGAUUUUGUCUUGUUAUAUGUCAUAUGUUGGAGAGCGUUCCCUGAUCAUAGGGGACCUGUGAUGUGUUUAGUAAAUACAGUUAAAAACUCCUUGGGGUGUAUGACACAUGGUCAAUCGUAUUAUCCCAUCAGGAUUCUCUAGUUUUUUGGCUAGGCGUUUGUUAAGAGAUUUGUAAAUGUUUAAAGCUGUACCAUAACCGAUAAGGCCGACGCCUACGAUGGUGCCAAUUAAUCCCAAGUAAUUGCUGCUUCUUCCGUCGCCAAAGUUCCGGUAGUCGGGCUUUUUCUAAGCACGACACUGCGCGAUCCAACACUACUGGGUCCUUUUGUGGAACCAUGACUUCUCUGUCUGUGUCCGGAUCCGAUACUGCUAGGUCCUGUCGUGGACCUGGCAAUUUUGUUUCUGCGGUUGAAUUGGCCUUUGUUGUCUUUGCUGAAAGGUAAAAGAAGUAACCACUCUAGCAACAAUAGGUACAACUUGGUCUGGUGUUUUGUUUAUAUGCUGCUGGGAAUUCCCCUCCUUAAGGAAGCGAAAAUUCGAGCAAAGUCCAACACGUACCCAACACGUAGCCUGCGUGCAGAUUUUACAAAUAGAGGAAAUUGUCAUUACCUGGGUUGUCACACCAAGCAAUAUUUGCCUACAUUAUCAAACGUGUAAAUCAUGGUCAGAAACUAUGUUUCCAUCCUCAAGAAUAAGGCAAAAUAAAUAGGAGGCGGGGUAAGAUAAGGACGAAAGGCUUUCGAUACGCAGCGAGGCCGGUGAAUCAUAGUCGGGGAAGACCAGAGGUGAAGAAAUUUUAUAAAGUGAAAACAUAACUUCGAAAAGCAAACUCAAUCUGUAGCUGUCGCUGUAGCAGUUAUUCCCUCUCACAAAUAGCGUACGAGAUUUCCACGAAAACAAUAGGAUUUCCAGGGAUUUUAGAUAAAACAAAAGGAUUUCCACCAAAGGUGUAUGAGAUUUCCAUAGAGUGAUUUGCGCCUCAGCACUUACACUCUCCUACAGGUAUAAAAAUACACCUGGCACGAAGAUAUCUUGCUUAUACUAACAACCUGCUACUCAGAAAAUAAUUGUUAACUUUUGAUCACGCGGGAUCCAUGAGCUCUCAAAAUGCUAGCUAAGAGCGAAUGAUUGAAAAAAAUGAAAAAACUUACGACAACAUUGCUUUAGGCAUCCGCGUAUUUUGGGGCAAUACUUAUUGCAUGCCCACUCUACUCCUAUGUAUAGGAAUGUGCUGUUUGACUCCUUCAAAUCACAGGCUUCAUAGCCGUGGCUUACAGCCACGGCCAAAAGAAUUAUUAUUUUAUAUAGUUGAACGUUUCCCCACUUCGAUUGCAUUACUCUCCGGAAGAAGGCAGAAGGCAGAUACGCUUCCCUUGAUAUAUGAAGUGGUGACCGGAAGUGCGGUGAACUGAAGAAGUCCCAGCCAAUCAUGUUGCUAGUUGCCUAACAUUCUUUUGAGAGAACGACAUCCUUCCUAGAUUCAAAGAGCGUGCGCAUGGAACGAAGCCAAUAUUACGCACGCUCUCUGAGUCCAGGAGCCCCCAUUAAUUGUUAAACUUUAGUUUAAUUCCUUUAUAACAGUGUACUGAAUGAAAAUAUAUAAUGUGCAGCCUCCAAUCCCCCAUUAUGAAUUUCCGUGGAGGAAAAGUAAGAAAAGGAGAAAAGGAAUAGUCACUACCACCUGUUUACAAACGAACCCCCGAAAUGUCCCUUGUGGGAUUAUGGGGUUGCCCAGCUGCAACUCAAUUUGUUUACUGCUUAAUCAAAGCUAAUGUCCCACCCACAACAUUCAAGGGGCACUUGUUUCCUUUUCAUGCCUGGGCUUGAUAAGAUUUGUAUGAUUAACUUGCAGCAUUGUCCCCAACUUAUUUAGAGUAACAAGUCCUUUCCCUAGCUACUUUCAAUAGUUGCGGCGGGGAAGGUGAUAGAAACGUCUUGACUACGCUCAUGGCAAAAAGAAAGAUGGGCCUGUGAUGACAUCAUUAAAAUUGUGGAUGUUAUUGCUGUUACUUUUAGGAACUUUGCUGUAACUUUUUGGGGCCCUCUCACUCUCAGUUCGGGGCCCGAGGCAACUGACUGGUUUGACCAUGUCUUCCGAAAUUAUCAGUCGCACCAGCUCCCCCCCCCUCCACAAGAUUUACCUGUAUGUUUCCCCAUAAUUUGUCAUGUGCCGAAGUCCAUUUUUCUCAUACUCAAUGAUCCACUUCAAAGGUAGGCCCAAUAUUCAGUGAGAAAAAGUCUUGCGAAAUUUCGGGUCAAAGGGUUUUUCCCGGAUAGCUUUUUCUCGUCCUUUUUGCGCUAGGCACCCGCUGUGGCGAUUCUUUUCGCAGCCAAUCAGAUGUGACGCCUAUUCAGAAAGUCAGAGAGGCAUUUAUGCUUUAGCCUCUAGCUUCGACUACAGUACAGUAACCAGUUUUGUGUCGGUGACUGCGCAGUAAAAAAAAUAAACGAGCAAAAGUUAUCAAUUUUCUCCUUUUUUCUAAAUUAAUUGAAGUUGAUGUUAGGCUGUGCCCACAAACUGCCGUUGGAAGUACUUCAAUGUUUAGUUGACAAAGAACCAUUCAGUAACAAAUCAAAAUGGCCGUCCUGACAUUUGUCAUCAUCGCGGCCAUAAUGGUGUUAUUCACAGAAGGAAGACCUGGAUGCAAAACUGUCGAGAAGAAAUUCCUUUACGACGGUCAACUGUGGGAUUGCAAGGAAUACUGCGACAUUGGGUUCCCAGGUUGCAAAGAUCAGUGCUGCGUAAAUAAACACUCACUUCCUGGUACAAAUAGCAGUAUUGCAGACAGCAAAAGCAGUAACAUUGAUUUCGGAGCCAUAAUCGGUGGAACAGUUGGUUCAGCAAUUUUAUUAAUCGUUGUUGGGGUCCUGGAAUAUCGAUAUGGUAUCUUCAAGCGACUCUUAAAGAGACUUUCAGCAGCCGGGAAUGCUGAAAAUCAAGGUGAAAUUCAGCCUGGAGCUGGUGAAAAUAUGAGGAUGGUGGAAAGCAAAAUUCCACAGCAAGUUGAAGAUGAAGAAACUGAGAAACCAGAAUACUGUGUCCCUCUAGCUGUGGGGUCUUAAGAUUCUUAAAACUUUAUAUUAUUUUAUUUUAUUUUAUUAUAAAAAGUUUGUAUCAAAAUUCAGUAGAAUUUGAAAAAUUUUUGUAAAAAAAAAUCAUGUGACUGAAUAAUGGAUAGGCAAUCAUAAUGUUACAAAAGAGCGAAUAUUUACAAUGUCAGCUCAAUAACUGGAAUGAAGAAAAGGUCUAAAUUGGAAUCUUAAAAUUGAUAUAGCAAAUUGCUA